CUUUCUCUACAAAGCUCCCUGUCUGUGGUGUUGGCAGCAAGCACAUCAGUAUUUCGAUUGCUUUGUCCUGAAUAUGAGUGUUGCUUACACUAUCCUUGUGUUUGUCUGUUUAUUCUCCCUAUGUUUCUGCCGCAGUAUUCUUGACUUUGCCGAACUUUGCUUAUUAAUCAUUUUGUCAUCAAGAUGUCAUGCCAGGUAUGUACGUGUAAAUAGAUGAUUUUACAGGGAUACUUUCGUAUGUGAAAGCCGCUCUUUUUGUUACAUGAUUGACUUGCUUUAUCUAGAAUCAAUCGAUCAGGAGGCCCUUUUUAAGCUUUUGUGGGAAGCCAUUAAGUAAACGACAAUAUAAUACCUAUUAUAUUAGUAAGAAACUAUGUCUUAUGUUGUUGAUCUUGUCAUGGAUUCCCCAAGAUUUUUGUCUUUGCUUUCCUUGUUUGAUACCCUUCACAUGUAACUUUUGUCACCAAAGAUCCAUCCUUUGGAUCAUUCAUAUCUCUUAACUCGGUAUAUACAGACCAUUCUCGUACACACUUUAAACUGAUGAUCUUUGAAUCAAGUUUGGUUCCAAGAUGUUGAGUUCUAUAAUCUCAAUCAAUGGCAUCGAUUAUCUUACUGAUCAGGAAAAAUAUCACCUUCUUCAGGAACCCGAAUUUGUCACAGCAGAAGAUGUGGGUGGAUUUGAUGAUCUCUGGUCCAGCUAUGGGUUCUACAAUGAGGGUUGCUUCGAAAAGGGAGCUCCUUUGGUGCUUAAUGAUCAGCAGCUGUUCUCGGACUUUGCGUUCAUGGACGACAUGCAUUUUGAUUCAAUUUCUUCAGCGAUUUCUGUUGCAGCGGAAACAGACCAGCCUGCGUCGAACUCUGAACUUCUGCAGUUGGACGAGAAGAGCACACCGCCUCUUCCCUCAAAAACGUCAGAGCUUUUGAGCAAAUACCAAUUUAAAUUCAAUGCGAGGAGUGGAGAAAAGCCUAAUGAGUCGAUCGAGAGGGGAGGAAGCAAACUGUCGACCGAAGAUUUCAUGCGGAUUGCUGCUUCUUUCUUCAUUCAACUGUCAACACACAAGGAUUGCAAUCCUUUUAUGCUUAAUAAUCAAUUCGGCUUAUCGUUUUCAGGGCUUAGUUCUGCGGAGAUUAUGAAUGUAGAGCUCGCGAUUCUUCUUUUUUCCGCCGCUGAGAAGGUAAGCCAACAGCGAUUCGAUCACGGUACCAAUUUAAUCAAGGAAUGUUACAAACUGUGCUCAAAAACAGGAAAUUCGGUUCAAAGAGUAGUUUACUAUUUCGCAGAUGCACUACAAGAGAGGAUCCACGGGGGAAAGGGUACUGUUGUAAAAGCACAAGAAGUAAUGAAAGCAUUAUUAAGUAAUCACCCGGUUCAUCUAGCUACCUUUAGAAGCCUCCCCCUUGAGCAGAUCAUGCAGUUCACUUCAGUUCAAACCAUUUUGGACAAUUUGGGUUCAGCAAAGAAAAUCCAUCUAAUCGAUCUCUCGAUCAAGCACGGACUGCAAUGGACAAUCCUGAUGCAAGCCUUGUCGAACUCGAGUUCGGUCGAUUAUGUCAAGAUCAGUGCUGUUGGGACUUCAGAGGAGGAGAUCACUUCGACCGGUAAGCGCUUAACAAGUUUUGCUGAGAUCCUAAAGUUACCAUUUGUGUUCAAACCGGUAAUAGUUUCGGACAUCAAGGAACUCAAGGAAGAUAUGUUUAAGAUAGAAGAGACAGAAACAAUUGCCUUAUACUCUUCAAUGGACAUGAACACCAUGAUCAUAAAGCCUGAUAGGCUCGAGAACGUAAUGAAGGUGAUAAGGAACCUGAGACCGCAAAUUGUGACGGUUGUGGACGUGGAGGCGAAGCAUAAUUCGCGAUCGUUCAUUAACCGGUUCACCGAAGCAUUGUUUUACUUCAGCGCGUUCUUCGACUGCUUAGAGAAUUGUAUGAGAGGGGACGAGAGAGUGAGGAUGAUAGUAGAAGAGGACUUCUUCUCGCCGGGAAUUAGUAGUAUUGUUGCAGCUGAGGGGAGUGAGAGAGUGAUUAGGCAAGUAGGGAUUGAUGUGUGGAGGUUGUUCUUUGCUAGGUAUGGGCUUGUGGAGGCUGAGCUUAAUCAGUGGUCAGUGUAUCAGGCUAGCUUGUUGGUAAAGCACUUUGCCUGUGGGGAGUCAUACAGCUUUGAGGUGAAUGGGAAAGCACUUCUUGUUGGGUGGAAGGGGACUCCAUUGCAUUUUAUUUCUGCUUGGAAGUUCCAAUAAGCUACUCCAAUUUUACAGCCAGGAUUUUCUUUCCCUUUCCUUUUCUUUUCUUUUUUUCUUCAUCUUUGCUGGAAUAUGAAAUUAAUGUCUUGAAAUAGAAUUCUUGUGAUGUUCUUUUAUAUACCUGAACUCUGCAACUCAAGUUUACCAGUUUCUCGAGAUUUAUUUGCAGUAAUUGGACAAUGAAUCCACAGAUGUUAUGUUUUAUUA